UUAUUAUUAUUAUUAUAACUUUAUUUCUACAGCACUUUUAAAAACAGAAGUUGAUAAAGUGACAUUCAGUCAUAGAGUACAUGUGAAAAGAGAUUUUUAAAAAAGACUCAGUUAAACAGAAUUAAAGGAACAUUUUCAUAAGGAACCCGGAUAAACCCCGUUUCUGAGUCCAGUCUUCGUGGUUCUGGUUCGGAUAGUUAGGUGAACAAGCUGUUGGUCCAGAGUUUCCCCUCUUUGUCCGGUGUUGAAAGUUUGAUGGAGACCGAGCCCACUCCUCUCCACCUGAACAAAGGGAGCAGCCACACAGGCAGCAGGCCUACUCUCAGAGCAACAAGUCGGUCUGAGGUCUGAGCUCGGUUCACGGGAUCCACUCAGAAAGUGGAUGGUUCUGAAUGAGACCUGCUCCCGAACAUCCACGGAGGCGAACACGGCCCGACAGGCGCGCUCCUGCGGGCACAAUACUGCACCUUGCUGGGAUAAAAACGUGCCUUUUCAGCACUUUUUCACAUGGAUCAUUUUUCUGUUUGUUCGAACACGUGGAGCUGAGAGGCCACAAUGCUGGAGAUCGUCUAUACUGGGGAAGAUGGAUCACUCCUUAAGGUAAAAGGUCGGAGCUGCGCCCCCUAGUGGAGAUCUUUGACUUCCAUUUUUCAGGUUUAGUCUUCUCUAUAGAGAGGAGGAUAAAAACGGUUUUGUUAUAUGAUAGUAAAAGAAACUUUAAAGUAAAAAUAAUAAAAUAAAAACUAUACUACCACUGCAAUAAUUUUAACAAUUGUAAUUAUUAUUACUUUUGUACAGUUUAUUGAAUAUUUUUAACUUGUUCAAAUGUCAAGUGGCAUGAAAGGUUUUUGAAAGUCUUGUAUUUUUUUUCCCCUCAUAUUUUUCUUUAAUAAUUUUCAUUUUGUUGUUCAGUGAAAGUCGUUUGUGUUUGUGGAAACUUCGCUCAUGUAUCCUCACAAGAAUUCUGUGAAACUGAGGCUUUAACAUCUUCAGGGAAAGAUCAUUUCUAAACAGUAAUCUUCGUCGACAUGUAAACAACAGUCGGUACCAGUGUACCGUGUUCGCCUGCUUUGGGCCCUGUAGCCAGUAGGGGGCCCUGAGGAGUAGUCAAAAAAAUAAUGAAAUUUAUAUAUUUUUUUAUUUUUGCAUGUAUGAGUGAUACUUUCUGUCUGAUCAAAUAAAUAAUUAUUGUAAAAAUAAAAUAAAGUAAAAACAUGUAAGUGCUGCUGCUGAUGUAGGCCGAUGAUUCUUACUGCCAAUAUGUCAAAGCUCCGCCCACCGCCAUGUUCCUCCUGCUGUGAAAAUGGUCACUGAGCAGGUAACAAUGUCACAGAAAAAGGACAUAUCCUCCAGGAGCAGAGGAGGAAGAGGAGAAGAUAAAGGUCUGUUUGUAUGUCAGGGAGAAUGUUAAUCAAAUAGAUUUGUGAAGGUGUGUGACUGAUCAACAAUCAAUAUUAUUGGCAGAAAUAGAGGGCUUCAAAAUCAAACUUUGCUGAGGGCCUCGUUGAGGCUUGUGCCGGCUCUGAUUCUGAGUUUUGAGUCGUGAGUGGAUCAUCUUCUUAAAUAAACCAUCUUUGAACAUGCGGAGCUCGACGUCACGCGAACCCCCCGCUGUGUUUUACGCUUGAAGCGGAGAGUGUGAGUGGAGGAAGAAGGGCAGCAGCGGCAGCAGCAGCAGCAGCAGCAGCUCAGGGCAACUUUUCCACUGGAACUAACCCCCAAACAGCCUCACCGCGGCCAGAAAUGCCGCAAAUAACGAGCGGAGCGGCCGGACAAGACUCCCAACCGACGGCCGAUCAGAACGACACCGGGGAAAGAGCAGAAACCGGCUCAGAGGGACAGGCCGUUCCGGACCCCAAACGGGAACCGGGCGACAACAACGAGAAGAGAGCAGGAAUGGACGUGAAGAGUGGUCGCGGUGCUGCGGCGGAGGACAGCGGCGAGAGUCCGUCUCCUGUCUCCGACACCGACAAAGAACGAGCGUUAGAGACCGAAAACACGGACAAAGAUGCGGGGGAACCCGACUGCGAACUCUCUGAACCGGGGAAAAGUCCCGUACAGGGGAGUUUGGCGAGUAGCACCGAUUCCGCACAAGAGGGCUCCCGGGUGCUGAAACAAGAACAAAGAGAGGGAGGAGAGAGCGGGUCCUCCCCACCGCCCGCAGACCGCACAAAGACCGCGGAGAGAGCCGAACACGGGACCAAGAGACGGGCCAGCGUGGAGCUGACCUCGUCGGAUGGAGAGCCGCUCAGCCGGAUGGACUCCGAGGACAGGUCUGUAGGGGGUGUGGAGAGGCCUGCUGGUUCCGACAGAGGUGCUGAGGGGUCAAAGAUAGAACCCAGGUCCACAGUUAGACAGUAUCUGAUCAGAACAGGUUACCGGAACAUGUUCGAUUCUCUCGACGCUUCACGACCGCAGAACGUCCGCGUGAGUACCGCUCCGUGAAAAAGCUCCGGGUGUUUAUCCGGGGAGUUUCUCCGCGCUUUGACCGGUUAAUAGU